GCUGGUGCUGCGUGGAGAUCGUCGUCACCAGUAAACCGAAGAGAGACACCCCACGCAUGUCAGUCGUGCGUUCACCGUGGCCGCGUGCGAGCUGCUCUUUCGCGUUUCGGUCAAUUCCCACAACGCCGACAAUAUAAUUUGGUGCGUUCGUGUAUUCUGAGCCGGUAUAUGUGUUUGAAAAUAAAGUACAAAAUGGUGCAAGCGAUUUUCGGAUAACCAUUGGGACUCCUAGAAUCAAGGCUGGACGGUCAUAAAAAUAAAAUAAAAAUUGUUAACUCGACUUCCAAAAGAAGUUAAAGCGAUGGUUUCGCUAUAAUUUUUUUUUUUUACGUCAUAAUGUAUUAUUUUCUCCGAGCCACGGUCGGGAUUUUCGCAAAAUGAUUUGAAUAAUGCAUAAGUCAUUUUGCUUUUUUGAGUAUGCUCUUUGAAGGGACUUCCUGGAAUGAUACAUUUUACAACGACAGUAUCGGGAACUAUUUGGAUUCAUCAGAAUCAGCUAGAGAUCCACUUCUUGUUAUUGUGCCAGUUACACUAAUAUAUAUUCUCAUAUUGGCCUCAGGACUCGUGGGCAACGUUAGCACGUGUAUAGUGAUUGCAAGAAAUAAGUACAUGCAUACAGCUACCAACUACUACUUGUUUAGUUUAGCAAUAUCGGACUUAUUACUUCUGCUGUCCGGGUUGCCACAAGAAAUCUAUUUAACAUGGUCCAGAUACCCAUAUGUAUUUGGCGAAAUGUUUUGCAUCGUAAGAGGAUUCGCUGCAGAAACUUCCACAAACGCUACAGUAUUAACCAUCACCGCAUUUACAAUUGAAAGAUAUGUAGCUAUUUGUCAUCCAUUCAUAUCGCAUACCGAAUCUAACUUGUCCAGGGCAUUUAAGUAUAUAAUAAUAAUAUGGGUUGUGUCUUCUACACUUGCAUUUCCUCAAGCUAUUCAAAUGGGCUUAAUAUACGGUAAAGAUGAAAAUGGCAAGGAUUUACCAGAAACGUCUACAUGCUCUAUUACCAACCAACUUCCUUAUGCAUUCGAAAUAUCUUCGAUAGUCUUUUUUCUUGUUCCCUGGACAUUAAUUGUAAUCCUUUACAUCCUAAUUGGUUUGAAACUCUACAAAUCCAAACGAGAUUCAAAUAGAACCGUAUGUUCAGCUCAUUGUCGUCACACAGAAUGUGUAAGUUCGACAAACAAUAGAGCCACCAGUCGCGUAGUAAAAAUGCUUGUUGCUGUAGUAGUAGCAUUUUUUGUUUGUUGGGCGCCAUUCCAAGCACAUAGACUUUUGGCCGUGUAUGGAGAUUCGCAGAAUGAACAAUCAAAAAGAAUAUUCCAAUGGUUAACUUAUGUAUCUGGUAUUUUGUACUAUUUAUCAGCUACCAUUAAUCCACUUUUAUACAAUCUUAUGUCAUAUAAGUUUAGAAAUGCUUUUAAGGAAACUUGGAGUACAUGUAAAAGGACUGGUAGUCUGAGUCCUGAUCAUAGCAUGCCAAACUUAGACUAUAAGUGGCAAAGACGUAACAGUCAUAGUAGAAGUUUCAGUAGCAGUCAUUUUGAUGAGGGUAACUCUAUGAGACGAAUGAUGACCCUUAGCAAUAAAACUUCAGUACCAAAAAUCAUUACUGUUACGGAAACUGAUAGUUUUGCGGAUGAUGGUUAUAUGAGCAACAUACCUAUAAGGUUUUCACGCAAAACGAUUUUCAGAAAACCAAGUGUUGUUAAUGAAGACACUGCAAUGGACAGUACCAUCUUAACAGACGACGGUGUGCUGACCAACAAUAAUAGGCCUACCACUACAACUUUGUUGAUGACACCCAAUUGAUUUUAUUCUUGAUCGAUUGUUCCUAUCCUCUUAAACUUGUAAAAGAUGAUUCGAUGAAUAAAAACAUUAAAGUUAAA